GAAGAAGCAUCUCACAGGAGCAGCUUGAUUCUUCUCCUACUAUCCCCAAGAAUAGAUGGGAUCAUCUUGGCAAAACAGUUGUGCACCUUUUAAAGAUACAAAUGAGUAGUGAGAAGCUGCCAUGUAAGAAGUAUCUAUUUGUUUUGAGCAGGAAUUUGUAAUGGUUGGGAGCAGUUUGAACCAAGCAAUCCAGCAGAUGAGGCUCUGGUCACACCAGCUGAGACAAACCAGAACAGGGAAACGGAGCUCCGUGAUACAGGAACCAGGUGCCCUCGAACCCCAGGCCAACCCGAAGGAACCGAGGCUGAAGGCGAGACCUCUUCUCCCCACCGACCGGGACUGGUGGUGGACACAGGUCAAGAUCGCGGGCAUUGGCUCCCUGCUUCAAUCCCACCGGAACCGGAUUGUUGCACAGAGGGAAGAAAGAAGAAAGAAGAAACCAGCAUCACCAGAUCCCAUGACCGGCUCCCCCGGUCUAUCCUCAGUUACUGUAACCUCACAUUCUGCUCCCCCAGGCUCCCCAGAGGCCCUAGUGUCUGUUAGGUUCAAGUGGGCGGGCAGUGCACCCAUCCUAACUAUGUUUUUGUUUCACCGCUGUGGGACCCUUCCUCACCUCAGCUUUCUGGCCUUAUACUUCGCCUCCGGCCUGUCCCUCCCAGAGCAGGAGUCAGGGCCCAAAGGGGGGUGCAACCCUUGCUUGUGGAUUACAACUGAUGGCUGGAAGACCACUCAGACGUUGGUCUAUCACAGCUCAUACAGCUGCAAUGGCACCAGCUCAACCUGCCGCCACGCUAACACCACUUACCAGGUGUGCACAGAGCUGGCUCCAUAGUCUGCCACACCCCAGGCAGGCAGACCAAGUGGCAGCUCCAGUUGUAUGGCCCAGAUUCGGGGAUGGGAGCUACCGCCUAUAACCGACUCUUGAGGUAUACCACCGUGCCCUCCCAUGGCCAGGACAAGCCUUUGACCCUUUGCUUCGACACCUGUCAUGCCACAGACCAGGACCCUGCUGGGAUAUAUUGUGGAGGGAUAGAAUGGGAAAGAACCUACCGCACAGCCAGGUUCUAUGUAGGUUUCCACAGGGCUAGUCUGAAUAGGGCCCCCGCUCGUUCUGGGAAGUGGGACACGAACCGCCAGAGGUGGGUGAACACCUUGGGAGGCAAGGUUACCCACGGCCAAACAAAACCAGACUGCAAACACCAUCGCUGCACCCCCCUCUGUCUCAGAAUCACUCCUAACCAGGCCAAGAGUUCCUGGGUGCCAGUAGGAGAAGGAAAUUAUGAGGCUGAAGUUAGCAUGGGGAUUCAUGUCCCUGGGGCCAGAGAUCCAACCGGCCAAGUCCGGUUCCUGAUGAAAGGGGACUGGGAGAAACCCACUGAACACCUUGUCCACACUACGUUCUGGAAAGAGAUGGGCACAGUCAUGGAAGUGCCAGCUGUUACCAAGAACCUGUUUGUGGACUUAGCAGAGCAAGUAGCCCUAAGCUUGAGUGUGACCGCUACGUUUGUGCAGGCACCAAGAUGGGCGAACAGUGGCCCUGGGAGGCACGGGAGGUGGAUUAUGUCAACAUAAGCAGAAGCCCGAAUCUAACAUGGACAGAUCAUCAGCGCCCCACCCAGUGGGCCCUCCAGAACUCCAUCAUAGGGUCCAGAUGUUUUAUUCGCCCGGCUGAGCGAAUAAAACAUCGAAUAUAACAUCUCCACGGGGGCACUGGCCUGUGAGGCAGGGAUGGUUUGCAACACCACUAGGAAGUGGAUGGACUUCAAUCAUGCAGGCUCUAAGAUCCCCCCCAACCCUUAUAAUCAGUCUACCCAGAAGAGUCUAUAUAAUCUCUGGGAGGACCCCUGCGGGACCUCCAGCUCUUGGGAGGCUCCAGACCACCUGUAUUGGAUUUGUGGGACAGCUGCCUAUGUCAGUUUGCCUCCAACUUGGGCAGGAACCUGCGUGCUGGGCACGAUCAAACCCAGCUUUUCCCUCUUUCCCAUAAGGGCAGGCGAACGACUAGGAGUCCCAGUCUAUGAGAGCCGAGGGCGGGCCAAGCGGGGUCUUGGGUCACCCCUGAGAAUAGGAAAUUGGAAGGACAAUGAAUGGCCCCCUGAGAGGAUAAUACAGUACUAUUGUCCCGCCACUUGGGCUCAAGAUGGAAGCUACGGUUAUCGAACUCCCAUAUACAUGCUCAACCGCAUUAUUAGGCUACAAGCAGUGUUAGAGAUAAUUACAAAUGAGACCUCUUUGGCUCUCAGCCUCCUAGCCACAACUAACACCCAGCUCCGCACAGCAGUGUACCAGAACUGUUUAGCACUAGACUAUCUGCUAGCAAUGGAGAGUGGUGUAUGUGGCAAAUUCAACCUGUCCAAUUGUUGUAUCUAGAUCAAUGACCAAGGGAAGGCCAUAGAGGAGAUCACUGAUCGUAUGCGCAAGCUAGCACAUGUUCCUGUCCAGAACUGGCAAGGCCUAGACACCCCUGACUGGUUUGGGAAUUGGUUUGAGUACUUUGGAGGUUUGAAAACAAUGGUGGGGGGAGUUCUGAUAUUACUUUUGGGUUGCUUAUUGAUACCUUGUUUAUUACCCUUGUUUAUCUCCUCGGGGCGACAAGCCCUUGAGAGAAUAGUGGUACGAAAAACAGCUGUUCACAUCAUGCCUUUGUACCAAGCACUGUCCAGAAAAACCUGAGUUGUAAGUGCCGUGCAGGGCGGCAAAGGGGGGAAAUGAGGCAGAAACUCAGGUUUGCGCUGGUCAAGAAAUGGUUAAUAGGGUCUAUAAGAUGCCUUGUUGUUAAUUGCAAGUUGUUAACGUCAUAAAUUAACUGGUCUGGAUGGGAUGCCAGCGAGAGGCCUCUCUCUCUGAUAUCUCCAGCUAGCCAAGCGUGUAAACUAACAUUUUCAAGGAUACGUCUGGAGGAAGAGUAGAUAGUUUGCUUAUCUAUAUGUAGAAGAAGAAAGGCUUAAUUGUAAUAGAGGAAUGUUGCCAAUUGUAAUAUAAGCAUGAUUAAAGAGCAUGAUUAUAUGAUAUAUAGAGCCCCUGGUGGCGCAGUGGUAAAACUGCCGCCCUGUAACCAGAAGGUUACAAGUUCGAUCCUGACCAGGGGCUCAAGGUUGAGUCAGCCUUCCAUCCCUCCGAGGUCGGUAAAAUGAGUACCCAGAAUGUUGGGGGGCAAUAUGCUAAAUCAUUGUAAACCGCUUAGAGAGCUUCCAGCUAUAGAGCGGUAUAUAAAUGUAAGUGCUAUUGCUAUUGCUAUGAUUAUAAUAAUUGUAAUAUGACGGAUAAAUGAUGCUAACCAAUGAAGAUUGUAUCCACUGAAUGUAAUUAAGAUGAGUAUAAGAACUGAACCUGGAAUGUAAUCUUUAUCUCAGGUUGGGAGCGAUUCCACUGAGAUCAAAUUGCCAGGCAAUAAAUCUGUUUUCUCUCAA